AUGAACUCGUACGUUGGUGCAGAGCCAGCCAGGACUCAACAGGAAUACUUAGCUUUACUAUCUAAAAUUGGCAAGCUUGGUUUUUUCGCAUCCGAAUUAAGAGAGAGGUUAUCACCCUACUUUUUUAGCCCUAAGACGUACAAAUCUUGUACUCAACUUAUUCACUCUUUUAAAGAAUCAUUAGAUGCUAUCGCCCCAGAGAAAAUUGAUACCAUAGUAGCCGUAGGAAAAGGCUUCUUUACAUGUCGUUGUUUGUUAUCAAAUCUAAAUUCAAUGAAAGUACCAAUCCAAUAUGGAGUUGGUGCUGACGACGGUCCACGUCCUCCAAAAGAAUCUCAAGAAAUGGCUUCUUUAAAUCCGAUGUAUAAUUCUCAAUAA